AGGUCCUUGACAAAGAAUUGGUUCUGCGAUCUAAUUUAUAUGCUAUCACAUGAUACGUUGCAUGUCGUGGUCGUAGAAGUACGUUUGAUCAAUACGGCAUUCGCUUAAGUCACCGGAUUGUUUAUUCGAGCCGUAUCAUUGUGGGAGACAUUCCGCGAAUUGCUCUAACCCAUGUCCGAUUCGUUAUCCUCAGAAACGGCGAGUAGCGACCAUAUGACGAGCAACGAGGUGUUCGCGGAGGAAAGCUUUGAUCCGCUGCUCUUCAUCAACUCUGCGCUAAGGGAACACACACUUGGCGGGUUGAACGACACCCUAGCCAAUGUCAAAGAGAGUAUCAGCAGAAAUAAAAUAAAAAAUCAGGAAUUAGUGAGGAGGCAUUUCAGCAAAUUUGUGCACUGCAGAGAGUCAAUCGAAGAAAUACGCAAAAAUGAUGUUUUUUCGUACGUGAAGAACGUGUUUGAACAGAUCGAGCACAACCUUACAGCAUUGAAGGACAAGAUACGGCAGAUUUCGUUAUCACACGGGAUAAGUGCACAUUUAAGUGAUGAAAGCACCAGGCGUAGAGAAAUACUGCACUACUAUGAUAAGCUGAUCAACCUCGAGGACAGGCUUAAGUACGAUCUUAAAUACCUGGACUACGAGGGAUUUGUAAAGCACUACAACUCAGCCGCAAAGCUGAAGAACGAUUCAAAGUUCUUGUCAACGAAGUUGAGGCAGGCGAACAUCGUUAAGAACCGUUUUCUUGAUAUUUUAGUGGCAGAGAUAGAAAAGAACGGGAGCACUGAGGAUACGCUGUUCUACUUCAAGCUUUACUUCAAGAUUGAAAGGGAUGAGCACAGCAAAAUGGAGAAUACGUUGCUUGCACUCGUGAAGAAGCAUCUCAACGACAGAAAAACGCUGUGCGAAAUCGAGAACGUCCUUAUUUACGUUCUGAAGACCCUCUCAAUCACAAACACCUUCCUGAUUGAGCAGGAAAUAUUUAAAAGUGUGACAGUUUGGAUAAAUGCCCGCGUAGCACAGGAAUUCAGCGUUGUAAAAUACAGAGCGAUGAUCAACAAGCUGCACAUCUUUUACGGGUUGGUAUCUAAUAUCGUGAAUAGGAGCAAUUUGAGUGCUUUUCGCGAAUCGGUUGAGGGGGCAAAGGAUGCGAUGACCGCCAGGAUUUUCUCCGAGAUGGAGAGUGUGUUCAAGGAAGACAUAGAAGGUGAUGCGAAUAGGCUCGAGCACUUUUUAGUGAGCUUGGACGAGUUCCUCAAGCUGAAUGACAUAAAAGAAAAUUUGUAUGUGAUACUGGAGAACAUGUUAAGAACGAGACAGCCGGCUGCUGACCGUGCUAAAAGCAAUGAGAGAAUGGAGAGCUACACUAAUUUGGCAAGGCAGCACGAGAAGGGCCACUUGGUGAGAGCAGAGGUAGAUUACCGCUACUUCCUGCACUACUCGUCAAAAAUCGCUAAGAUAAGAGCAAAAUUUGGCAGAAUCAACAAACUGCUCAAUAACACCGUAAGUUUCAAACGGGUCGAUAAGAUAGUUAGGAGAUGUGAGGCAGAUACGAUCAAAGAGUUCGUAAAAAACAUCAAGAACAAGUCUACGGAACACAACUUGAUGACAAUCAUGAAACUGAAGGAGAUGUAUUUCUUGAACAAAGAAACUUUGGCACUCCUUGAUCCCAACAUUUUGAAGUGCAAGGUAACGCUUUUCUUCCUGUGCAAUGCCCUUCAGGUAGAUGAACCGAGGCUGAAUGAAUCGGAAAGGAAUAGAGUGAACGAAAUUUACGCACAAUUUAGCUGUUUGAAGGAGGUGUAGUGCUGUUCUGAUAGUUGUGCUGGCGUGUUGGUAGUACCGCAGCAAUGGAAGUGUAUGAAUAAUGAAUUUGCACUUUUUUACAGUCAAAACGGUAAAUAAAGAUAGUUCUGAUCUUUUUUUAAUGAAAUGUACGUUUGAUGUGUGUGAG